UCCCACCGAUUUUUUUUUCAUCCCUAUGAAAACCGGUGGAGAAAACCCCCCAAAAAAUUAGGUGGUCAAAUAAGUAACCAAUGCACAAUCAGGUCCAAGCAAACCCUAACUCCAGCCCCUUCUCACGCAUCCCACAGCCCACCCCUUUGCCACUGCUCCUCGGCUUCGGCCCUCCAUGCGCCGCGCCGCCGCCCCACCCACCCUGCAUGCCCCUCCUCACCACCACGCGGAAUUGCACGCCGACCUCCAUGCUCAUCUAGAUGGUCUUGAGACGGACGUGCAUCCUAGACUUGCCGAUCUCGAUGCGGGAUCGCACACCAUCCUCUCCCACCGUGAGCAAGCGUGGCUGCACGAUGUGGGCAUCGGAUUGGACGGCCUUGACGCUAAUCAGAUUCUCCUUCAAUUGGGAUUGCAUGCGCAGCUGCACCUACGACACACCCUUACGCGCGGCUGCAAGUACGCCGCCGGCGCAGGAAAACGUACCAGUUGUGCCAUAUGGGAUGACGGAACGCCGGCCUGCACGCAAGCGUUGGACAGGCGCACCCAGAGUAGCGAGUGUUGCACGUUGGCCUCUGAAGAUUCGCGGUGCACUACAGGCAGCAUUGCAAAUUCCGCGUGCAUUGCAAAUUCAAAGUAUGUCCUUUGUUUUCUCACUUUCAUGGAGAUAAAGUCCUUUGUGUUGUCCAUGUAUAAAUUGCUAGCUGCAUGUAUAGGAUACAUAUCUACAAUAUGAUGCAAAAAGAAUUACCUGGAGUUACGACACAUGUGUAAGAAUGUGAACGUUGUAAAUAUGUUAUAAUUUAUUUGUAGUA